AUGCGUAUGCUCUCGCACCUUCCCUCGUUGAAGACCCUUGAUCUAAGUCAUUCUCUUAGCCUCACUGAAAUCGGUAACUUCUCACUGGCCCCCAAUUUAGAAAGACUGAUUCUUAAAGAUUGUGCGAGCUUGGUUGAUGUUCAUGAAUCCAUUGGAAACCUAAAGAGACUCAAUUACUUGAAUAUGAAAGAUUGCAAAAAGAUUAGGAAACUUCCAAAGAAUUUAUUUAUGCUAAAAUCAGUUGAUACACUUAUUGUAUCUGGAUGCUCAAGUCUAAAUGAGUUUCCGAAGGAGCUGAGGAACAUGGAAUCUCUUAAAGUGCUAAAGGUAACUCAAGUUCUGACCACCACUGGAAACGUCAAAUCAUGCCUGAGGAGAAAUCCAGAAACUUUUUGGGCUUCUUUACCAAGUAGUUUAACACAAUUAAAGCUCAAGAGUUGCAAUCUUUCUGAUGAGGCUUUUCCCAAAGAUAUUGGUAACCUACCCUCAUUAGAACUAUUAGAUCUAAGCGACAAUCCAAUCUCUGGCCUACCAGAUUGCAUCCGAGGUGUUACACGACUUGAUCAACUUCUUUUUUCAAAUUGCAAGAGGCUCAAAACGCUUGUAGGGCUACCAAGGGCAAGAUAUUUUGGUGUGUUUGAUUGUGCAUUGUUGGAAAAAGUAACAUUUCAAUCAAGUUUGUUUGGAUUCACACCGUUUGAAGUGCUUAGCAUUAGUAACCCGAACUUAGUUGAGAUUGAAUACAUGUACAAGUUAGAACCCCUUGGAAAUUGUGAUGUAGAAAUGCUCGAUCUUUUGGGUUUGUCCAAGUACUUGGAAUCCAUGGAAACCGUUUUGAUGAUCUUCCCAUGUAGGAUCACAGUGGAGUUGCGCCGUGCAGUUGAGAGUACGAAGCUGGAUUGGAUCAGAAGGUAUCCCAUCCAGGGACUUUAUGAAUCUGGUAUAUUCAGCACAUUUCUUCCUGGGAAUGUGGUGCCAGGCCACUUCAGCUAUACAAGUAGAAAGUCUUGGUCAAUAUCUUUUAGUGUGCCUUCUUCUACUUCUACUUCUACUUUCAGGAUUCGAGGCUUGAAUGUCUUCUCUAUAUAUACAUGUUCUGGUAGUGGUUCUUAUGCUGGUUACAGUUGUGAGAUAAUUAGUCCAAUAAUAAUCAAAGUUAGCAACAAAAGCACGGGAAUGAAGUGGAUCUAUGACCCGUCCUUAAUCGGGAAGAUGGGGAAUCAAUUAUUGAAAGGUGGCGACCAAGUCACAGUUUCCAUGUUCAUGAGAUCUGUCUUUCAGCUGAAGGAGUGGGGCGCCCAGCUUGUGCACGAGCAAGAUCAAGAGACUAUCAGGAUGAUAAGGACCCAACAUGACGACAAUGACAAUGAUGAUGAUGAGUGUCCAGUUUGUUUUCCAUGUGUCAUUUUUGGACGUUCGCCAGAAUUCGAGGUGAUGUCAAGAACAUACUUCCUGUCGCACGGACCACAAUCAAGGAGAGCACUGACGUUUACUCGUUGGAGGGAUUCGGUUUUGUUUAAUGACAUAUUUGGGGACUCUGAUCAACAAGAGGAACAAGCACUGCCGCUUGCAACAACAAUGAGGGACGCCGGGAACAAUAGAUACUUUGUGUUUUCCAUGUUGGCGGUAGAUGUCCUGUACGACAAUGUAGUUUUACGCAGUUGCCUUUUUGGAACUCAGUCGUGA